GUAGUCCUACAUGACAGUGACAGGCUAAGAUAACAUAAAUCACCACUUUCUCCUUUUACAUCCUUUGUACGGAGUAGUCUAUAAUGUUCUCCAAUUUUCAUACUCACAAGUCACAAGUCACAAAGUUUGUUUCCACUAUUGAGUUUCCUGCACAAGAAAAAUGGAAGAAAGCAGAACAUCACUAGCAAUAAUCCAGUGUAACGAUGCUCAUGAGCCCCUGGAAGCCAUAAACCCACCACUGAUCUCCAGUUACAAGCAUCAGAUACGGCCACUUCUGGACGCCAUUGACAAACUCCGUCACCUUAAAAUCAUGAAGGAAGGCAUCCAACUCCCUACCAUUGUCGUGGUUGGGGAUCAAUCAUCAGGAAAAUCAAGCGUCCUUGAGUCACUUGCUGGUAUUAACCUCCCACGAGGUCAAGGCAUUUGCACUCGGGUACCUUUGAUCAUGCGCCUACAGCACCAUUCUUCUCUCACCCCGAGCCUCACUCUGGAGUACCUCAAAAAGUCGGUAGACACCGACGAAAUCCACGUGGCAGAAUCAAUUGAAUCUGCGACGUGGGAGAUUGCUGGAUCCGGGAAGGGAAUCUCCCACAACCCAUUGACUCUUGUGGUUAAGAAGAAUGGUGUGCCCGAUCUUACUAUGGUCGAUCUCCCUGGUAUUACUCGAGUGGCUGUGCACGGCCAACCAGAUAAUAUAUAUGAGCAGAUACAUGAUAUUAUUAUGGAGUAUAUUACUCCAGUGGAGAGCAUUAUUCUUAACGUGCUCUCAGCUGCUGUUGAUUUCUCCACCUGCGAGUCUAUUCGGAUGUCGCAGAAAGUGGACAAAACAGGGGAAAGAACUCUUGCGGUAGUCACCAAGGUUGAUAAGUCCCCUGAGGGGCUUCUUGAGAAGGUUACUACCGAUGAUGUGCGUAUUGGGUUGGGUUAUGUCUGUGUGAGGAAUAGGAUUGGCGAUGAGACUUAUGUAGAAGCUAGAGCUGAGGAAGCUGCUUUAUUUCAGUCCCAUCCCCUGCUUUCGAGGAUUGAAAAAUCAAUGGUUGGGGUUCCUGUGCUUGCUGAGAAACUUACAGCAAUUCAGGCAGCUAGUAUUGGAAAGUGUUUGCCAGGGAUUGUGAACCAGAUCAACGACAAGCUGAACAUGAGUUUGGCAAACCUUGAUAAGCUCCCUAAUUCCCUCUCCUCUCCUGCUGAAGCCAUGACUGCCUUCAUGAGGAUACUGGGGUCAUCCAAGGAGUCACUUAGGAAAAUUCUUGUGCGUGGAGAGCAUGAUGAGUUUCCUGAUAACAAAGAAAUGCACUGCACUGCUCGUUUGGCAGAUUUCCUCAAUGAAUUCUCCGAUCAGCUCGUCAACUACCAAACUUCAGAAAUUUAUCAAGACUUCUUAAUGGAAGAGAUUAAGGUACUUGAGGAAGCCAAAGGAAUCAGGCUUCCCAAUUUCGUCCCUCGAGCGGCAUUCCUCGACAUAAUGCAGAAGAAAAUCAAGCAGAUUUCAGCAGCACCAGAGGAAUUUGCUUGUAAAGUUUGGGAUUAUGUUGAGAAGAUUGUCCUUUCUGUUUUGGGACAACACACUCAGAAUUACCCUCAGCUACGAUUCUCAACUAGAAGAGCUGCCCAGAAUUUGAUUAUGAAGAUGAAAGGGAAAUCAAUUGAGAGAGUCAAGGAGAUAAUUGAGAUGGAAAAGAUUGUGGAUUAUACUUGCAACCCUGAGUACAUGAAUGUGUGUAAUAAGCUAAUGGGUAAUUUAGCAGCAUUCGCUAAAAAUGUUGACAAUUCGCCAAACGGCUACAUGGAUAUCGAAGGCAUAGGGAAAGUGGCAGUCAGGCAUUUGGGGAAAUUCAAAGAGAUUUUACAACCUGCUUUUGAGAUGAAGAUGAGGGUUACGGCUUACUGGAAAAUUGUGUUGAGGAGAUUGGUGGAUUUUAUGGCACUACAUUCAGUAUCAAGCAUUCAUAAUCUGGUGGAUAAGGAGCUCGAAAACGAGAUUAUUAACGAGUUGAUGGAGGGUCUUGGUCAUGCUCAUACUCAUGGUGGAGGCAUCGAGAAGCUGUUGGAGGAGUCACCGGAGGUGGCCAAAAAGAGAGAGAAUCUAAGAAAGAGUGUUGAAUUGCUUAAGGAAUCUAAGGAUGUGGUAGCUACAAUUAUGGACAGGGUUGCUGUUACUGCUAACUACUCAUCUAAUUAGUAUGUCUUCUAAUUUAAGGUCUGCCAUGAAUUUCCUAGUCUUCUUAAUAUGGGUUUAUGUAAUAAGUUAAUCCUAAUCUAUGCUAAUUACUGGGUCUUCUAAUUUUCCAAGGCUUUCUUUUGGGAUAGCUAGCAGUAAAUGAUGAUGUAACCAUGGUAUCCGAUCCAUCGGCUUUGUAUCUGAUGUUAUUAUGCUACUAGUCUUAUAACUGUGUUUCUAGUUCCUUGUU